AUGUGGCCCUCCGCUUCAACAUCCGCAGUGACUGCUAUACUGUCUGCACUCACACUCCUUCCCACCGUCUUAGCCACCGCGCCUCUAGAGGGUUAUGGCCGAGAGUCUUACCCAGUCCCGUGUGCACAAGCCUGCACUUGGGUAAUGCCAACUUCCCUUGACUGUCCCGAGUAUGCAGACUUGUCUGCCGAAGAACGCGCCGCAGCGUAUCCUUCUGCAGCGUGUAUGUCGAACGAUACCGCAUACCUAACCUCGAUCGCUUGGUGCAUCCAUUCCCACUGCAGUGAGGGCAUCAAGAUGUACAAAAUCGAGACCUUUUGGGAAACCUUGAUGAUAUACCAGUCUGAGUCCCUUCGAUACUCAUACCCUGAGGCUUUGGCUCAGGUUAAUGCCAAAAAACCACCCAAGCCUAUGUCCCCUGAGGAGACGAUGCUCAAUAGGACUAUUUCCAUUGAUGAUGAGUCGUAUCAAGCCCAAUUGAACGGCGUUAGGGGGUAUAAGGCAACAAGUAAGAAUGAAUCCACGUAUUCCCUUCUCGUGUUCCUAUCCUGCGUCGUCAUCCCUAUUGCCUUCUCAUUACUUCGCUUCCUGCCAAUCCCAGAAUCCAUCUGCAGAAGAUUCAACGCCUAUGUCAUCGACCCUCCCGCCUGGGGCAAGAAGCAUAACGUUCCGGUCCUUGGAAUGGGCAUCGUGCCCACACGCGGACAAGCCCUGUUCAUUCUCUACAUCAUCGCUAUCAACGCCGUGGCUACAUUCGAGGGAUAUCCAAACUACAAGCCCAACGGAGUGUUUCCAGAUCGCCGAUAUCAGCUCAUGCGCCAGAUCGGCAAUCGUGCUGGCAUCAUUGCAUUCGCCAAUGUUCCCAUCGUUAUGCUCUACGCCGGGAGAAAUAGCUUGCUGCUUCAAAUGACCAACUGGUCUUACUCUACCUUCCUCCUUCUUCACCGGUGGGUCGCCAGCAUAUGUGUCAUUCAGGUCAUCCUUCACUCGCUGUUAUGGCUUCGGAUCGAGCUCGAAGCCCACGCCCAUGCAGAGGCUGUCAAAUACCCUUACUGGUACUGGGGCAUCAUCGCAACUGUCGUCUUUUCCAUGUUCCUCCCCUUCUCAAUGCUGCCUAUUCGCAAGAUCAUGUACGAGGUCUUCCUCAUUUUACAUAUCUGUCUGUCAGUUAUUGCUUUGGUCGGCUCUUGGUAUCACAUCUGGUACCUUUACGACAACUCCAGUGGCUUUGAGAUUUGGCUCAUCAUAGCCAUGGUGUUUUGGGUCUAUGAACGACUUCUUCGAAUUGUUCGUGUUUCGAAACAUGGCGUCAAGAAAGCAUAUGUCACUCGCAUCGAUGAUAAAUACCUGCGAGUUGAUAUCCCCGACGUGGAUGCUCAUGGUCAUUGCUUCGUGUACUUUCCCACCCUGUCAUGGCGUGUAUGGGAGAACCAUCCCUUUUCUGUCGUCAGCUGCAGCAAGGGCCAACUUGAUGGUCAUAGCGAAGUCUCGAGUUCAAGCUCCCAGGUUCACUUCGAGACGAAAGACACAUUGUCAACUGCGGAAGCGGCUGCGGCUUCUAAGGAAGCUGGCGGUCUCAUGUCGAACACGCAUCAAGUCAUUUCACAUAGUGGCACCACACGACCAGGCAUUACACUGUUUGUCCAGAAUCUUAAGGGCUUUACUGCAAAACUCGCCAAGAAAGCUGACACCGGAGUCGGUAUCCCUGUUCUCGUUGAAUGCUCCUACGGCCACGAUGACCACUCUAGUUUCACGCCUACGUCUGAGUACCCUAACACUCUUGUCAUUGCUGGUGGAGUUGGUAUUGCUGGAGUGCUAUCUGCCCUGCAAAGCUCAUUAUCCAUGUACGCAGGACGUCAAGGUACAACGAAGCUUUACUGGGGUAUUAAGAAACGAGGCCUCGUUGACGCGGUCAAGAGUCUCAUUGUUGGUGAGAACACUUGCCAGGAUAAAGAAGGUAAUGGCCAGGCGGCUAGCUGGGGCCAUAUUGAGGCACAUGUCACAAUUGGUGCACGCAUGGAUAUUACGCAGGUUUUGACGAAGGAGCUUGGGGAUGUUAGUGGUGGAACAACGGUUGUUGUUUGUGGCCCGAAUCAGAUGUGCGAUGAGGCUCGGUAUAUUUGUGCUGGACUGGCUCGCCAUGGAACAAAGGUUAGAUACAUAGAAGAGUCCUUCUCUUGGUAG